UGCUGGUUGUCGUCAUGUCUCCUCCACACAGACAGGAGGCACUGCUGGCUGCCAUCAGUGAGAAGGACGCCAACAUCGCCCUGCUGGAGCUGUCCUCCUCCAAGAAGAAGAAGACUCAGGAUGAGGUGGCCAUGCUCAAGAGAGAGAAGGACAGACUAGUACAACAGCUCAAACAACAGACUCAGAACCGCAUGAAGAUGAUGGCGGAUAACUAUGAGGAUGACCCCCUGAUGAAGGCCUCCUCACCUGCACAAGAGACCAAUCACAAGCCCUCCCCAGACCAGUUGAUAGUUCCGUUGAGUGAGCAGUAUGAGAAUCGCAGCAAGCUGCAGCUCUACAUCGGCCACCUGAUGGCGCUGUGCCAGGAGAGGGACCCCGCCAUCCUGCAGGAGCUGGCCCCGCCCCCCGCCUACCACACCAGCCAACCGCAGCACUGGGAGGAGGAGCUACACAAGAUGAGCACCGAGAAGUUGGAGCAGGAGCUGGAGGUGUGUGAGCGGGAGUGUGUGGAGCUUCAGGAGUACGCCAACUCCGUCCUGCAACAGAUAGCUGAUCACUGCCCCGACAUCCUGGAACAAGUGGUCAACGCCCUGGAGGAGUCCUGCUGACCACACACGCACACACACACACACACACACACACAC